CGUGACAUCCCUUCUCCCUCCUCCCUCUCUGUCUGUCUUCCUCCUUCCUCUCAUCACAACCACCAGCGCGGAAGGACUCUCUUGGAUCGUCAUCUCACCAUUCUCCUGCUUAUAAAUAUCGCCCACCAUUCCCCAUUCUCUUGUCCUCUCCAGUGACUUCCUUCCUCUUUCUCGUCGUCGUCUCUCUUUCUGGCGCUGCAGUGUCUCGGAGAUCUGAGAUCCUAAAUCUGAGAGGAGGAGCAGUGGACUGGUGCAGAUUCUUGUACCUUUUCUUAUGCCUUCCCUGGGUUGUCUAUGCUAAAGGCCAUUUGACAGGAUGGCAACUGGGCAACUGUUCUCCAAAAAUACACAAGCUCUCUUUUACAACUAUAAACAGCUUCCUAUUCAGCGGAUGCUUGAUUUCGACUUCCUUUGCGGAAGAGAAACUCCAUCUGUUGCUGGCAUCAUAAAUCCUGGUGCUGAGGGAUUUCAGAAACUAUUCUUUGGUCAAGAGGAAAUUGCGAUUCCCGUCCAUGGAGGCAUUGAAGCAGCAUGUAGCGCACACCCAACUGCUGAUGUUUUCAUCAACUUUGCAUCCUUUAGAAGUGCUGCUGCUUCCUCUUUUGCUGCUCUCAAACAGCCUACGAUCAGGGUUGUGGCUAUAAUUGCUGAAGGUGUUCCUGAAGCUGAUACUAAGCAGUUGAUUGCUUAUGCCAGGGCUAACAAUAAGGUGGUCAUUGGUCCUGCUACUGUUGGUGGUAUUCAGGCAGGUGCUUUUAGGAUAGGAGAUACUGCCGGUACAAUCGACAACAUUAUUCAUUGCAAGCUUUAUCGGCCUGGAUCUGUUGGAUUUGUUUCCAAAUCUGGUGGGAUGUCAAAUGAAAUGUACAAUACGAUUGCACGUGUCACAGAUGGAAUUUAUGAAGGCAUAGCAAUUGGUGGAGAUGUAUUCCCAGGCUCAACACUGUCUGAUCAUGUCCUGCGGUUUAAUAACAUUCCUCAGGUCAAAAUGAUGGUGGUUCUUGGUGAACUUGGUGGACGAGAUGAAUACUCCCUUGUUGAAGCUUUAAAGCAAGGAAAAAUCAAUAAGCCAGUUGUGGCCUGGGUCAGCGGAACCUGUGCAACUCUUUUCAAGUCGGAGGUGCAAUUUGGUCAUGCAGGUGCUAAAAGUGGGGGAGAAUUGGAAUCUGCUCAAGCAAAGAAUCAAGCAUUGAAGGAAGCAGGUGCAGUGGUACCAACUUCCUAUGAGGCAUUUGAGGGUGCUAUUAAAGAGACAUUCCAAAAGCUUGUUGACGAAGGAAAGAUUACUCCAGUAACUGAGUUUAAGCCACCUCCUAUUCCAGAGGAUCUAAGUACAGCAAUAAAGAGUGGAAAAGUUCGUGCACCAACUCAUAUUAUCUCCACAAUCUCUGAUGACAGAGGUGAGGAGCCAUGUUAUGCUGGUGUGCCAAUGUCAACUAUUGUGGAACGAGGCUAUGGUAUUGGUGAUGUCAUCUCACUUCUUUGGUUCAAACGUAGUCUUCCCAGAUACUGCACACAGUUUAUUGAGAUUUGCGUCAUGCUAUGUGCUGAUCAUGGUCCUUGUGUCUCUGGAGCUCACAAUGCAAUAGUUACUGCACGGGCUGGAAAAGACCUAGUCUCAAGUCUUGUUUCUGGCUUGCUUACCAUUGGUCCACGGUUUGGUGGUGCUAUUGAUGAUGCUGCUCGGUACUUUAAAGAUGCAUAUGAUAAGGGCCUUACUCCUUAUGAGUUUGUUGAAGGAAUGAAAAAGAAAGGUAUUCGAGUUCCUGGCAUUGGUCACAGAAUUAAGCGGGGAGACAACAGAGACAAAAGGGUGGAGCUGCUUCAGAAAUAUGCUCACACGCAUUUUCCAUCUGUGAAGUACAUGGACUAUGCGGUGCAAGUAGAGAAAUAUACCCUGUCAAAGGCUAACAAUCUGGUUCUCAACGUUGAUGGAGCUAUUGGAUCACUUUUCCUGGAUCUUCUUUCUGGUAGUGGAAUGUUCAACAAGCAAGAAAUUGAUGAGAUCGUGGAAAUUGGUUAUCUAAAUGGACUGUUUGUUCUGGCACGUUCAGUUGGCCUGAUUGGGCAUACAUUUGAUCAGAAGAGGUUGAAACAGCCGCUGUAUCGCCAUCCAUGGGAAGACGUUCUAUACACGAAGUAACAACAGAAUUUUGCUGCUUCUGCUGUUGCUACUGAUUUACCUUGCUACUGUUUGUUUCUUGCCAUUGGAUUUUUCUAUCGUUCCUGCUGCAUGAGAAGCAUAUUUACCGAGAUCUGUCUUAAAGCGGAACAGGAUUUUUUUUUUCUCCUGCUGCCAAUGCAUUUAGGCUGUUGUACGAAGACAAUCAUUUUAAGCAAAAAAAAAUGUGGUAACUAA